AUGGAUGUUACUACUGCUUUACAAGAGGGGCUGAAGACAGCCCUCAUCCACGAUGGCCUAGCACGUGAAAUUCACGAACCUGCCAAAGAGUACCAAGCCCAUCUUUGUGUGGGUGCAUCCAACUGUGAUGAGCCUAUGUAUGUCAAGUGGGUGGAGGCCCUUUGUGCUGAGCACCAAAUAAACCUAAUUAAGGUUGAUGACAACAAGAAAGGAUCGGAAUGGGGAGGCCUCUGUGAAACUGACAGAGAGGGGAAACCUCGUAAAGGACUAAGGUGA